CUCUCUCUCUCUCUCUCUCCCUCUCUCUCUCUCUUCCUAUCGCCCUCUCUGUAUCUCUCUUUCUCCUUGUCUCUCUUGCCAGUAUUGGAUUAUAUUGUUAUCAAUUUGUUGCUUAAUUUGAUAUUUAUAUGUAUAUAUGUGCGUGUAAUUGAUUUCAGUGCUCUGAUUUUUGUAAUUAGGGUUUAACCUUCUGUAUAUAAUCUGUGUGUAUAUGUAUAUUGUCCAGAACUGCUAGAUGGCAGGUGAUUUGAAUUCUAUCACAAAGACCUAAUCUGUUGCCUAUACAGUAGACGAGAAACAACAUAUAUGCAAGAGGUUGAAGAAGAGCUAGAAGCUAUGGAAGCAAUUGAUGUGGAAGAUAAAGAAGAUGAUUUCAUCUCAACUGCUCGAUCUACCAAUGAGUGGACUGAAUUUAGAGAUCAACUUGCCAAAACAAUGUUUGAAGAAUAUCUAGUAGGAGGGACUGGAGUUCUAUGACUUUUAUACAUUUUUUCUACGUGUAUAUAAUCUGUGAAAACAUGGAAGAAACAACAUAUAUGCAAGAGGUUGAAGAAGAGCUAGAAGCUAUGGAAGCAAUUGAUGUGGAAGAUAAAGAAGAGGAUUUCAUCUCAACUGCUCGAUCUACCAAUGAGUGGACUGAAUUUAGAGAUCAACUUGCCAAAACAAUGUUUGAAGAAUAUCUAGUAGGAGGGACUGGAGUUCUAUGACUUUUAUACAUUUUUUCUAUGUGGUUCUGUGGGUUGUCAUGUUAAAGUGCAGCACGAUUUUCGCUUGCAUUUAUAAUGGAUUCAUUUGAUUGAGAAAUGCCAGCAUUCUUUCUAUUUAUUUACAUACAUACAGCUCAUAAUCUAAAGUGUGAGGGUCUGGUGUACUUGAUCCUAAACACUUGAAUCAGAAUGUUACUGGCCUCUUCUGCUGGGAAGUCAUCAUCUGAUUCAGAAUACUAUUACUUGUCGAAUCUCGAUCAGAAUAUUGCUUCAAUAAUUCAGACAGUGUAUUGUUUUAAGCCUGAUGGUGACAAGAAGAGCACAGAAGGUGUUGGACUUGUUAUAAGAGAAUCUGAGAUGGUUUACAAAGCAUUCAACUUCGAUCAAGAGAAGCUAAUGAGGUUAAAGAAGUUGAUCAUGGAAGACGGGACCAUCAAGAACUGCUCCACAUUUGUGGCCCUCACGGCCUUGGUGUGGCGGGCAAGAACUGAAGCUCUUCAGAUGAAACCAGACCAACAACUCAAGCUAUUAUUUGUUGUUGACGGAAUAUCAAGAUUGGUGAAUCCUCCCUUGCCGAAGGACUAUUUUGGGAACGGGAUUGUGCUAGCGUGUAGUGUGAGUAAUGCCGGAGAUUUGGUGAACAAGCCAUUGUGCUAGCGUGUAGUGUGAGUAACGCCGGAUUGUGCUAGCAUUUCAGAUAUAAUUUCAGGUUUCUGCAGUAUAGUUAUCAGUGCUUGAUUAGCAUUUUUGUGUUAAGGUUGAGAUUCUUGAAUUUGGUAUUUUUGUUUGAUCAAUUAUACAUGUCUCUGUGAAGUUUUUGUAUUUUUGUUUGAAUUUUAUCUUAGACUUUAUUUGUAAUUUUGAAUGAGAUUAAAUAUCUAUCUUCAUGUAU